AUGGCCGUCGCGCAAGACCUCCCCAUGGAUCUUCCCAUAAUCGACCUCGAUAUCUUCCUUAAUGAGCCGCGCGACUCGCCCGCCGUCCGCGACGAGUGUGCGAAGGCUGCCACCGCCCUCAUCACCUAUGGCGCUCUCGUUUUGCACGACUCUCGCGUCGCGGAAUCCGAUAACACCACCUUCCUCGACCUUCUCGAGGACUAUUUUGCGCAACCUGCUGAAGAGCUCAAGAAGGAUGAGCGCCCAGAGCUCAGCUACCAGAUCGGCGUGACCCUCGAGAACACAGAGAAGCCCAAGUGCGCCGUCGACGAACCCUGUUUGCAGGUUAUCAAGCGCCUUGAUCCUCUUGAGCGCCCCCUCGACAUCGAAGGCCACGAACCCGACCCGAAAUGCCGCUUCUUCUGGCGCAUGGGCGAGAACCCACCGUACGAGACCGAAUUCCCCGGCCUGAAUGCACCCAACGUUGUCCCGGAAGCCCCGCAUAUCCGCGAGCGCUGGCCGCCGACCAUGGACAAAUGGGGAACAUCCAUGAAGCAGGCCGUCACUGGCCUGGCUGAGAUGGCGGCCGUUGGUCUGGGCCUCCCCGUCGACACUUUCAGCAACGCCGCCAAGUACGGACCGCACCUCCUGGCACCGACAGCUUCGGACCUGGUCAAGUACGGCAAGCAAGACACCAUUCUUGCCGGCUUCCACACGGACCUCAACUUCCUCACCAUUCACGGCCGUUCUCGAUACCCAGGUCUGCACAUUUGGGCCCGAAACACUGGCAAGAAGAUUUCCGUCAAGAUCCCCGAAGGCAACUACCUUUUGGUCCAGGCAGGCAAGCAGUUGGAGCACUUCACGGGAGGCCUCAUCAAGGCGGGCUUCCACGAGGUCGUGGUGAAUGAGAAGACGCUCGAGGUGAUUGAGCGCCGCAAGACGCAGUACCCCGACCGCCCGCUGGUCCGCAUCUCGUCGACCUUCUUUUAUCACUUGUCAUCUGACCAAGACAUCACACCGAUCCCUCAACUGGUGGAGCAGGCGCAGAAGGUUAGAGCUGAGCAAUUCAACCUGGGCAAGGAUGAAGGGGAGGAGGUUGUUUACAAGCCCAUGAAGGUUGGGCAGCAGGUACAAGACCUUGUAAAAUUCUUCGCCCUCCGCGACGUCCACCUUCUCCUUGGCAACCCUGUCCACUGCUGCCUUGGGGUCUUCAUCACCGUCCAGGUGGUCGACCCAAGAAGUUGUGAAACUGUCGUUCUCGGCAAUCAACGCGGCAACCUCGGCGACGGAUUCUCUGCUCGACGAACCCUUCACCCCCUUGGUCUUGCCGAACUCGAUCUUGCCGGCCGGCGCCUCACUCAGCGCGCCGGGCCGCAGGCUGAUGCCAGUAAAGUCCUGGCGCUUCUUGGACUCCUGCCAGAGGACCUCGUCGGCGGCGACCUUGGCCUUGAAGUAGUUGGCCAGCUUCUGGUUGCCCUCCUGGGCGUCCUUCCAGGCCUGUUCGGACCACCAACUUGGCUUGGUCUUGCGGGAGCUGAGGUAGGAGACGAGGAUGAACUUCUUGAUAGAAGGGGUUGCGACGGCGGCUUUCACAAAGUAUAUUGCGGCGUCACGGUCAAUGGCGAAGGUCUGGAAUAG